UGAGCACCGGCCUCCUCCUCCGCCGCCUCCUCCUCCUCCUCCUCACAACAACAACAGCCGGCCGCCGCAGCCGCAGCCAGAGGAAAGAUGGCCACCGCGACGGUCGCGGGGCCCGACGCCCACAGGAUGGAGGAGAAGAAGUUCGAGUACUUCUCCUCCAUCAGCUCCAUGGCGAAGAAGAUCAUGCAGGAGCGCGAGAAGAUCAAGGACAAGCACGGCGCGUCGUGGGGGAAGAUGUCGCCGCAGGAGCAGGACUGCGCCAUCGACAACUGGAUGAUGGACCCGCACAUCCGAGCGCGGUACGCGAUGCACCGGGUGGAGCGCGGCGACGAGGUGGCCUGCUACCCGAAGCUGCUCAUCCAGACCGGCCAGAAGAUCGUCCACUUCGGGGAGGAGGAUAUUACCUGGCAAGAUGAGCACUCUGCCCCCUUCUCAUGGGAAACCAAGAGUCAGCUGGAUUUCAGCUUGACGUCAGGCGCUGCAGACCAGGGGAUCUCUGUCUCGCAGGCAGAAUCAAAGUCCGCAAAGGCUCCUCAUUCCAACCAGAUAGGAACCAAGGUGUCUGUCAGCGAGGCCCGCAGGCCGGAGGAAGAGUCGUCCUUCUGGAAGAUCAGCGCUGAGAGGUCCAGGCUGGAGGGGGAGCAGGCGGACUUCCAGUCGCUGACGCCCAGUCAGAUCAAAUCCCUCGAGAAAGGAGAGAAACCCCUCCCCUCCUACCUCCGACAGGAGACCUCCGUCACCUCCAAAGAGCCUGAGGCAGCAGAGUCCCUCCCUCCGGCUCCCGUCAAACCCCCAAAGCAGAGGGCACCCAGGCCUCCCGCCCCGCAGCCCCCUGCCCAGCCCACUGCCCAGCCCACUGCGGUCAGCGCGACGCCGGCCUCCAUCUCCAUCACGCCCAACCCUCCCCCGCCCGUCAGAGUGUCCUCGACGUCGGCGGGCUGGGAGCGGUCUCAGAGCACCUUGCCGUCCGUCGGCAGCACCGUGGAUGAAGUGUUCUCCUCAGGUAUGAUGUCGAAGCCCGCCAUUAUGAUGUCGAAGCCCCCCAACAUGAAGCCGAAGACCCCCAACAUCCCCGCCGGGGUGGCGAAGGAGAGAGAGGACGGAGGUUCACCAAACCCUGACGGCAACCCCACAUUUUGCCAGUUCAACACGAGCAACAACGUCCUGAAGACCGGAUUCGACUUCCUAGACAACUGGUAAACCACAGCCGAGACCAGCCACCGCUCUGAAUGAGUCAUCAUCAUCAUCAUCGUCGUCGUCGUCGUCGUCAUCAUCACAGCUUCUAAAGAGAAAGGACCACACUGCCAUGACUACAGACAUACACAUUGAGAAAAAACACCGCUCUUUGAAAUUUGACCACGUAACGUUCUUGUAAUUUAUCUUCAGUGGCUUGUUAAGACAUUAUCUCACUGCCUGUGCUGGUGUUUUCCCUUCCCCCUCCACUAGAAGAGCUCCCUCUCCUCUCUGACAAGGUUCGCCAAACGACCCCUGUCGACUGAACGUAGUAGUAGUCGGCAGGGGUCGGCAGUGUUCCCCACUGCGCAUUCACACUGUGAUCAACUCGGUUAAAGGUUAGCGUGAAUGGGAACCACGAACUAUGAUCCAUUUACACUUCGCUUUGCACGAUGGGUUACGUUAAAUAUUUUUUUAAAAGCUCUAAAUCUAAGUCGAUAAGUAGCUAGCACAGCCGUUAUUGUUGUAACCAGGAAGUGAAAGUGCUUAAGUUGAUCUUCCUCUGGGAUUUUUUUUGCAACCGUCAGGUACGUUGAUCCGCUUUUUGUGCGUCCGAGGUUUAAAUUUAUAGUGUUUUAUUUCACUUCUGGAUUUGAGAGAUAUGAACUGUUCAUGCUGCUACAUGGUACUACAUUCUAAUGGUCAAAGGUUUAAUUAGUCCGUACAUACCCGACUCAAACCUGUCCCUCAUGUUGCUCGUCGUGUGAAUGCACAGUGACUCCUCUGCCCUUCACUUGUAGCUUUUAGACGCUAAUCCAGGAAGUACGAACAAUUUUAUACCGCGGGAGCAUUGAAAAAUGAUCACCUGUGCAAACUGCAAACACUAAAACACCCUCAUCCGUUUAUUUGUUUUUUUCAUUUUUUGGUUGUGAUGAUUUUGCUCUCUGAUGUGCUUUUAUUUAUACCUAUAUAUAUAUAUAUAUUCCUAUAAACCAUAGAGUUUUAGCGUUGGAGUAUAGUGCUCAGUGCUGCGGUCCUGGCCCACGCAGUGCCAUUACGACACAGUGUUUUCCUACAGGUCAUGGAAUUCCAUGGAGUACCGUCGAAGCUAGAAAGAUUGAUGAUUGAAUCAUUGGAAUUAUUUUUCCAGCUUCGAUGCGUUCAGUGGAAACCAGAUCGACGCCUACCUGGCAAUGAAGAAUACCAGAAACAAGGGGGGGAAGUAAAGCCAUGGAAGUGCUCAAACUUUGUCAUGGAAAACCCCGCGGACUGAACGUCCGGGCUGCCAUGGGAACCUGUUACACGUGUCCUGUGUGGAAUUAGCUCGCCAUGGCAACACUUGCUCCCCUCCUCCCCGGCUUUCACCCUUUGACCUCAAUCGAGUUGCUCUAAAGCGUCGAUGUUUGAGAAUCAGACGCGCUCACAUGUUGUGAUUUUGGUAAAAAGGGGCGUAGUGAUUUGUGACACAGUUUUCAUGACUAGAGUACUAUUUUAAUGAAUUUUAUAUUUAUCCGCUGAUUGUAUCUUCUCUGCUCUACGUGUAUAUUGCACUCAUGCAUUUUUAAGGUCACAGAUUAAAAGGAAGUGAAUAAAUAAAAAGUCAAACCAG